UUAUGGUUGAGGAUGUGCAUGGGCAUGAGGGUGAUGUGGGAUCUGUGGGAAAGGUUGUGAUGCACCCUCUCAUGCACUGGGUGAUUGAUUCGGGUUGCAUCAGUCACAUGACCCCACGGGCAGAUUUGCUUGAUGAGGUAAAACCCCCUGGGAAGAUCAAGUAUGUGGCAGCAGCGUCAGGUGCUUUGCUCCCUGUGAUUGGCGUUGGGAAUGCCAAGGUUAAGGGAGCUAAUGGGGAGCUUGUGGGGCUUGGGAAUGUUCUGCUAGUUGAAGGUUUGUCUGCUAACCUUCUCUCUGUGCGGCGACUGCAGAAGAGCAAGGCCGAAGUGACCUUUGGACCAACCAGCUGCCGUGCUAAGCUUGGGAAGAAGGUCGCCCUUGUGAAGAACAGGGUGCUGGCUACAGUUGGAGAUAAGGAGUGGAUCCCAUAUGUCAAGUGGUAUGGGAGUGCUCCAGCUGUGAACAUGCUGAGGGCAUUUGGGUGCAUGGUAGUGUUUCAUGUGCCUAAGGAGAAAAGAGGGAAGUUGGAGGCUUCUGGAAGAUGGGGUAUGGAUAUUGUGACUGCCUUUCUGAAUGGGAUCAUUAUGGAGGAGGUGUACAUGAAGCAGCCAGAGGGGCUGGAUGAUGGGAGCGGCAGGGUCUGCAGGCUGAAGAAGGCAAUCUAUGGCCUUAAGCAGGCGCCUCGUGCAUGGUAUCACAAGUUGGAGGAGGCGCUGUUGGCUGGGGGUUUCAAGAAGAAGCAGAUGCUAGAGAUGCAGUUCAAGUGUUCCAAGAUGGGUGAGGUGAAGUACUACUUGGGGAUGCAUGUGGAGAGAGAUGUGGAGAAAGGUGUGCUGAGGUUGCACCAGAGGAAGUACUGUGAGGGGCUGGCUGAAAAGUAUGGGCUGCAAGAUGGGGGAAAGCCAGCAACACCACUACCUUCGGGGUUCACUGUUGAGCCAUGUGCUGAUGAGGAGGUAGUGGGUGAUAGUGACAGGAAGCUGUUUCAUUCGAUGGUUGGGUCGCUGAAUUAUGCUGCAAAUCAUACACGGCCUGACAUUGCAUUUGCUACAUCACGACUGGCUAGCGUGGUUUCACGUCCUAGUCAUGAGCAGCUGGAAGCGGCCAAGAGGCCUAAGUGGCACUGGGUGAGGAGACUCCUUGAUAAGGAGGUGCGGCUGGAGAUAGUGAAGACCCAUCAGCAGGCAGCAGAUAUUUUCACUAAGCGUCUGGCGGAGGCGGAUCAUUGGAAGGGCAUGAAGCUUGCUGGGAUGAGUUGGGAACAACCAAGCUAGGUUGGCAAGGGGUGGCCAACUUGGAUGGAUUGGUUGGGAAGGGACAAAGGUCAAAGUUGAGGUUCCUAUAGGGAGGGAAUCUUUGUGCUUAUGGGGUUUCCUUGGUUGGGGACUCUCUUGGGACCUUUCCUCUCAUCCCUCUCUUCUAUCCCAACCUUUCUCUUGCUCCUCUAAAUUCCUUGUGAGAUUCUUGAACUUUGAUUGAACUCUUGAGAUUG